CUUGAUGCCCCAACAGUUCUCGCUUCCGACCCUUUAGACUUCACCACACCAAUCGACUCCUAAUCAGCACUAAUUUCAGCAUCCCAGCUUCACGCUUAUCGAUAUCAGCGGACUCGUUGCAGGAAUCAGGGAGAUACUUGGGCGGGCCGACUUCACCACUUGCUGCAGUGCGAAUACAGAGAGCGGUACUUACCGAUCCUGGCUUGUAUCGCUCUCUUAGUUGACGGGACAUGAGCUGAUGGUCAUCGAAGCAGUUGGCCGAAGCGCUGAACCAGUAAAAUCCCAAUAUUCGCUGGUACAAACUUGGGGAUUCAGGCAACCUCAAAUACCGGACUCACCACGUCACUCACAUUCAGCGGAGCAAGGUCAAUACAGUGGGAAUCCUCAGGUACAAAGCCUCGAGCUCGAGAAGUCGAACCUACUAGUCCCUGGUUUCCGCCAGUUACCGAACACUGUCAAGGCAAGGAAAGAUCAUCGACCUAGCUUAGGCACACGUAUCUACAAACAGCAGGGCCAACUGUCAAGUGCUUGGCGUGUCACUGCCGCUGUUCCCCCUGAGAGUCAGACCUGUUCCUUGAAUUGUGGUUGAUACUUUAUGCCGUGACACUGGUGGAACUACGGUAAAAGUGUCGACAUCGCAACACCAACGAGGGUGGAUUUCGGAAUGCUUACGCCCACCAAACGUCCACUACCAGUGCCCGGAGGAUCCGAAAUUAUUAUUAGGAUUUUAAAUCCUUCUUUGUUGGAUACCGCCUACUAUACUUUACAGUAUGUACGCCGGCGCAUGUCGAGUGUGGCCGUUCCGGAAGUCAUUAGUCACUUGUGGAAGCAAAAUUCCUGCA